CUCACUCACAAUAUCAUUCCAUUAAAAUAUAUAAUUCCAUUUCCAUGGCAAGUUUGAGAAACAGAAUCAUGUCUACUUUGCCAAUUACAGUUCUCCUUGUACCUAUGAUGCUGGGAGGAUCUGCUGCUCAACUUAGCCCCACUUUUUAUGCUAACACAUGCGCAAAUGUGACUAGUAUUGUACGUGGGGUGCUAGACCAGGCGCAGCAAAGUGAUGCUCGGAUUGGUGCCAAGCUCAUUCGCGUUCACUUUCACGAUUGCAUGGUCAAUGGGUGUGAUGGAUCACUUCUUUUGGAUGAUGAUGCUGCAAAUGGGAUAGACAGUGAAAAGGAUGAAGCCCCUAACCAAACGACUGAUGGAUAUGCCACCGUUGACGACAUCAAGGCAGCACUAGAGAAUGUCUGCCCUGGAGUUGUAUCCUGUGCUGAUAUUUUAGCCAUUGCAUCUCAAAUUGGUGUUUCUAUGGCAGGAGGCCCAACAUGGCAAGUGCCACUUGGAAGGAGAGAUAGCAGGACAGCAAACGCAGCCGGAACCACUGCAGUCCCAAGUCCUUUCGACACAUUCGAUCAGCUCCAAAAAAAAUUCAGAGAUGCUGGACUUGAUGAUGCCACUGAUCUAGUUGCUCUCUCAGGUGCACAUACAUUUGGACGUGCUCGAUGUAGCACAUUCAACCAACGCCUUUACGAUUUCAAUGGCCAGGACGGAGCCACAGACCCUUCCCUGGAUGCCACAUAAUUAGCGACACUUCAACAAACAUGUCCUGAAGGUGGGAAUGCAAAUACAUUGACAAAUCUUGAUCCUUCAACUCCGGAUACUUUCGACAACAACUACUUCACCAACCUUCAGAACAAGCAAGGCCUUCUCGCCACUGAUCAAAUGUUGUAUUCCACUACUGGAGCUGACACCGUGUCCAUAGUGGACAGAUUUGCAGGGAGCCAGAGUGAAUUCUUUGAUAGCUUCAUCCAGUCCAUGAUAAAUUUGGGAAAUGUCAAUGUCUUGACUGGAAGCCAGGGGGAGAUAAGGACUAAUUGUGCAAGGAUCAAUUAGAAUUCAUAUCCAAAUAAAGGAUAUUUAUGUUUUGCAAAGAGAGACAUGAAGAUGUCUCCAAUCUUUAAAAUUUUGUGGUGUUAAAUGCAGUAAGGCAUUGGAAUGAUAUGCCAUUUUAAUUAAGUUUAAUAGGACUA